AUGACAUUCCAUCAAGUUGAUCAUCCUCUCUUGGUAAUACCAGGUUCGAUAGAAGUUAGUGAUGAUGUUUUAUUUGCCAAUGCAUCACCAUCUCAAUCCCAUAUGUCGAAAAGUUUCACCGAAACAUUCGGAACAGCUAUUAAAAUGUUCCGACAAGUACUUGUUACUGAACGUGGACAACCGAUCAUAACAGCUGGAAGUGGUACACUCGGAUGGGACAUGAUUGCAUGUAAUUUAACUGAACCUGGAGAUGAAGUACUUGUAUUACAUUCCGGAUACUUCGGUCAAAGUUUUGCCGAUUGUUUCGAAGCAUAUGGUGUGAAAGUUACACAACUCAAAGCGCCCGUUGGUCAAUGUCCAUCACGUGAACAAUUAGCAGAGGCAUUGCAAUCUAAGAAAUAUAAGAUUAUUACUGUGACACAUGUUGAUACAUCAACUGGUGUUCUUAGUAAUCCACAAAUAGUAGCUGAAGUCGUACGAGAAGUUAGUCCUGAUACAUUAGUUGCACUUGAUGGAGUGUGUUCAGUUGGCAGCGAAGAAAUUCGUAUGGAUGAAUGGGGCCUGGACGUUGUCAUGUGUGCCAGUCAAAAGGGUUUGGGUGUUCCACCUGGAUUAUGCCUUGUAUGUGCUAGCGAACGAGCAAUUAAGGCGGUUGAAACGCGUAAAACUAAAAUCAACUCGUAUUUUGCUUCUUGGCUCAACUGGUUGCCCAUUAUGCGUGGUUAUGAACAAGGAAAACCAUUGUACUUCGCUACGCCUCCUGUUCAACUUAUAUGUGCUCUAAAUGUUAGUUUAAAAGCAAUUACGUCCAAACCUAUUGAAGAACGUUGGACGAAGCAUAAACAAGCGAGUACUGACUUUAAACAGUUCAUUACUAAUGAACUUGGAUUAAAACAGGUUCCGCAAGAUCCAUCUAUUGCUGCCAAUGGUAUGACCGCUAUCUACUUUCCAGAUGGUAUAUCAGCACCAGAUAUUAUCCCACGAUUGGUUGAACGAGGAAUAAUUGUUGCUGGUGGUCUCCAUAAAGAUAUUAAAGAUAAAUAUUUCCGUGUUGGACAUAUGGGUAUCAGUGCAACGGAUACAGAAACUCGUCACGAUUUGGAAAAAGUCAAAGACGCUUUGAGAAAUGUCUUCAAAGACGCGGGCUAUGUGAAACCAUCAGCAUAG